AUGGUACCUGGCCGUUCGCACGGCUCUGAUGUGUACGCUGUGACUGUGACGAAGCAGCACACCGUCACCGCCUCUGGUGAUGGGUUCCUGAAGUUCUGGAAGAACUCGGUUACAGAGGUUGAUGCGCCAAGGGAUAACGUUGAGUCGGUGUUCAUCGACAAGACGGGCUUGCACCACGUUGAUUCGUUCCAGGAUACGUUCCAGAAUGAGAGAAUGUCGUUGAUAGCCACGGUGACCUUUUCAGGGAGGAUAGUGUUGCUGAGAGUGACUCAACAAGGUGGAAUUGAGAGGCUGGACGUGGACUUGGAGGCCAAGUCCACGUACUGGGCUGUCAGGUUCCUGAAAGACCACUUGGGCAAGGCUCAUAAGCUUGCUGCCACCACACCUUGCGGUGUUACUAAGAUUUGGAACUUUGAGAUUGGCGAUGACGGUGUACCAAGCUUCACUGUCCAUGGUGAAGUGAAAUCACAGUCCGGGUCAUUCGCAACUUGUUUAGACUUGAACUCUGAACAGAACAUACUGGCGACUGGCUACCAGAACGGUGAUGUUGUGCUGACGCAGUUGGACACUGCGAAAGCGGUGUACACGUUCCGCAGCUUUGGCCUGAAGGGCUCGUCGCAGUCCUCGUCAUCGGUGAGAUGCGUGAGAUUCUCUCCCUUGGGAAAGAUACUGAGUAUUGCUUCCGAUUCCGGCUCUUAUGGAACAGUGACUCUGUACGAUACCAAGUACGGUGAGAAUGUGGGUUCCUUGACGAUCCCAUCGCACUCCACUUCGACAAGUGUUGGUGCCUACGCGCAUGAGAACUGGGUGUUUGAAGUGGACUUCAACGAAUCCGGUGAACAUUUGGCUACAGCUGGUUACGACGGUAAAGUUCGUAUUUGGAACGUUGAAACCAGGGAACGAGAAGCCACGUUAAACCUGUCGCCAACCGACGUUGACGACGAGGACAUUGUGGAGGAAGAAGACGGCUUGUGCUCUGCAGUGGGGGUGAAGUUCAUCCCACCAGGCGUGAGAGGUGGUGCAGGUGGCGAUAGCAACGAUGGCUUAGUCGUAAUAUCUCUAGAUAGAGGUAUUAGAUGGUACAGGGAAGCUGGUGGUAUCUAA